AUGUCCGUGGCUGGAAGGAGUCCGCACGCAAGGCCUUUUGGACUGAAUGAUGGCUGCAUCUUUGUGCAGAGCACGUGCUACCGCGUCUACGCUAAGCCGAACACGGCCAACUUGUCUGCCGGAGUUUCUUUGGCGAGAAGUGCCGAUACCGAUACACGUGACAGUAAUUUUCACAAGUCUGGACAUCUGGACAUCUGGACUGGUCAAUUGCACAGUGGACACCACCUCCUGUCCCACGCCCCCGUCUCACCUGUGCUGAGGCGAGCGGAAUACCCGCACCUAGAACUCCAGGGAAGUGGCGCGACAAUUAUGGCCGAUAGUUCAAGGAAGAGAAAGCAGACGGUAGACCAUGGCAACCAUGGCAACCAUGGGAAACGCCCGCGAUUCCUUCAGAAGCCACAGCACAACAUCGCUGCAACGCCUACGAGGAACGCGUAUCCCAAUGGCGAGAUCAAUGUCAAAAACUUCCUCAAGUCGCACGAAGUUGAGAUCAAAUCGCUCGAGCAUGCCAUCAAGGCUGCCAAGCAAGCUCUUACUCGUCGCGCUUUCCAGGAUGUCCCGCGAGAAUUGCGGCGGCGAACUGCGAGCCACAACCCGCAGCGCGUCCCAAAGAGGCUGCGAGCCAGGUCGAAGCAAGAGGCCAAGGAGGACAACACGCCGCUCGCAAGAGGUACCAGCGGCAGCGGCAGCGGAAAAGGCAAAAUCAAGUUCCUUCGUAAAGAGGGUAGAGAGAAGAGCCGGCAGACUUGGGAGGAACGGGCUAAGAGGAGGAAGGUUGAGUCUAGUAUCGAAGCUCCUGGUAAGCCAGAGUCGACCAAGCAACCAAAGCAACUCACUGCAGCCCAGGCGACCAAUGUUGCCUCUGGGAGGAGGCGUACAUUUCCCCCUCUAGCAACUCCUCCUACACCGCCCUCACGAUUCCGCAAACGGCAAAAGGGAAAGACCUGGCUUCCGACACACGUCUGGCAUUCGAAGCGUGCUCGUAUGACAGAUCCAAAGGAUCCUCUUUGGGGCUUUGCGAUCCCGCUACAGCCUGUUGUCAAGGCAUAUCGUCUAACCCAUCGAUCUGCGACUCAGCGAGGAGCUGUUGCAUGGGACACAAGCUACAUGUCUACGCUUGGCCUUGAAGGUGCAGCAACCAGCAUCAUCAACUUACUCAAAAGCCUGAAUUUUGCUACCGGAAGUCUAGAAAAUCCGUGGCAGGAUCGAGGAAGAGCAAAGAGGUGGAUGCUGGGCACGAGGUCUUGGGACGGCUGGAUCUGCGAAAGAGAAGCAAUCCCUCCAAAGAAAAUCGCUCUGAUCACGGCCAUUUGGUGUGUGCCCGACCCACAGCUUCCCAAAAGGAAGCUCUUCAUACGCGUGCACCCUGCCGCAUUUCCGGCGGUCUGGAAUGAAGUGGUCCGGACCGCAAAGGUUCAGAAGCCAUGUGUUACUGUACAAGAUCUCCGCUAUGAGAUUGGAUCCAUCGAGAUCACCGGCCCGGCCGCUGCAGAAACACUAACGUCCAUUCUUGUUCCCAUUGAAAAUACAGGUGCAGUGGGUCAUGCGCCACAGACACUAUGGGGUAGUCUUGCAUCCACUACAGAUGCCGCUUCGCUGCCUGCAGGUGCAUUGCUGGCAUUUGACAUUUCAGAUCCUCGAUUAAGGGACCCUCCCUCAACAAGUCCGCUUCUGGCGGAUCAGAGAUCGCUAGAUGCUCUUACGGACAUACUCGCGUCUUGGCCGAUAGAUACUACACAGACGACGCCCUCCAUCUUUGAUCGCAAUGCACGGAUGGCCGCUGCCCGCUCUAUGCUGUCUCAGAAAUCCAUCAAUCGCCGAAGGAGUGGAUGCACGCUUGGUGAGCAUCCUGAUAUCAAGCCCACAGAUGCACAAAUUCCUGUACUGGUCUAUGUAUCACGAGCAAGCAAGACUUGGACAGUGUUACUGCCCUGGAAAAGUGUGAUGGCUGUAUGGCGAAGCAUCAUGCGUUAUCCGGUAAGCACUGGCGGCAAUCCCAGAUUUGGUGGGAUUAAGGAGCGCCGUCAAGUUUACUUUGAGCGUUCGUUACCUUACUUCCCAUACGAUUGCCCUGGUACCGAUGCUGGGUGGGCUUGGGAGCUCAGAGAGCGCGCAAGCAGAAAGCACGAGUGGACGAAGCGGCCCAAGGGAAAGAGAAUCGAAUGGACGACGAUCGAUCUAGGCAAUGGUAGGAAGGGAGAAACUGGAGAUCCUUGGGCGUGUGAGUGGGAGUAUUUGCUACCGGAGGGAAUUAACGAAUCCGGGGGAAAACCUGGAGAGCUCCGCCCACUCUUUCAACAGCUGUCACUUGAUGAGGCACGCAAUAUCGUUAAAGAGGCAUCUUCACAUGUCAAGGACCGCCACUCGGCAAGGCUUUUGGCAGUGAAGAUAUCCAUGAUACAACGAGGGACUCCGACGGAUUGUGCUCGUGUCUAUCGACUUCCAGCGAACAACAUGGAGCUGCGAGCUCGAUGGUUGGCAUUGAUGCCACAGGCAGGAAGAGAAGCUCCGCCCAAGAAGCGAUCGACUUAUGCGCGGAGCGAGCUGCCAGCGCACUUGCAGCUUAAGGCCCUCGCAAGGGCUCUGACAACGCCAACAGAGAUACAGGGUGGACCGCCCAAGGCCGGUGAGCAAGACUAUCCAGUGGUCCCAGAUGAGGAGGAUCUCAUUGGAUUUGUGACGACGGGUAACUACAACCUUUGUGAGGGGAUACCGACUGCUGUUGCAAAUGUGGCUCUGGACCGGAUCAUGUGUGCUGUUAAGGAGGGGGGUGGCCUAGCAGCCGAGAAUCGAUUGUGCAUUGUAAGGCAAGCUGGUAGCACGAUUGGUAGAUUGGCGAGGUGGGAGGCAGUAUGA